AUGCCUGAGCCUGCGCCAGGGCACGCUAGACUUCUCCCCAAGAUUCCCGGGCGAGUUGGCGAGAGGCCCAUAUCGCUCCAUUCCGCGAGCCUUAGAGCAAGCAGUCGUCCAACACCACUACGGUCUUCCGAGGGCGCAGGUGGCCCUGUGUUGAGGACUCCUGGAUGGUGCGGGGCCCGGCAGGGCGCGCGAACCGAGGCGCGGAUCCGCCGUGCCGCACGAGCCGGUUCGCGCUGGACGGGCCUGCUCGUCGCUGUGGAGAGCCGGCCAGCGGAUGCAGCUGCCGACCAGGCUCGCCCCUUCCGAGCUAGGUCCCUCGACCCGCCCCGGCUGCAGCGUCGAUCGCCGGCUCGGAUCCACUUCUCAGCUUGCCCGCCUCGGUUACACAUCGACCCGAUUGAUUAUGUGGCUCGCCUCGGAGCAGGAGAAGCUCACCUCACCAGCACGAGGGAGCACUACUCGUCCAGCGAAGAACCCUCGCGACCCCCACUCCCACCAGCACCCGCCCUGCACGACUCUCGAGACCACCCUCCUGGGCUCAUAAGCGGGCUCUCGUGCGCCCCCACCAGCCGUCUGCCCAUCCCAGUUGAUGAUCACCAGCCGCUGGCCCCACCCGCCCUCUCUCCCCAGCACCCCCAGCCCCGGCCGUCGACCACCCCCACCAUGGACAAGGCCAGCCCGUCGGACCCGGCGUACCGGAAAGAACACAUCACCCUCCAUCCUCUCCCACACCCGCAGCCCCUGGCCACCCCCCCACUCACCUAUCGCAGCGGAACAUCCUCCCCCACCCGCUGCGCACGCGCCGUGCGGACCGAGGCCCGCGAGGCCAAGCAGGCCGCCCUCGAGAUCCUCCACUUCCACACCAAGGUCGCCCUCGGCCUCAAGCCCUAUCAGGCCCAGAUCAAGCGGGCCUCGUGGUCCUGGAUCAUCCCCACCGUCCUGCUCAUCAUCGUCUCGUUCCCGCCGCUCUUCGGCCACGAGCUAAUCAUCCUUGUGGCAGGGAUGAUAUGGGGGCUGUGGGUCGGCUUUGCGAUUGCCUGUGCGGGCACCUUCCUGGGCGAGAUCCUGACAUACCAUGCGUUCAAGCAUCUGAUCAGCGGGCGGUCUGCGCGGGCGGAAGCGGGCUCGGUGACGUAUGCGUCGCUGGCGAAGCUGAUGCGGGAGGGGGGCUUGGGGAUGGUGAUUCUGGUGCGGGCGUCGGCGAUGCCGGGGCACGUGUGCACGGCGAUGCAAGCGACGAUCGGCAUCGGCCUGUGGGUCUUCACGGUGGCCUGCAUCGUCACCCUGCCCAAGCAAUUCGCCCUGGUCUAUGUCGGCGUGCUGCUCGGCGACCCCGGGCUGGACCCCAAGGACCCGCUCGGCGUCGAGCGCUCCGCACACGCGGCCGAGACCCGCUCCCACCAUCGUCUCUCCGCCGCCGUCUUCCUCCUCACCGCCCUCUUCACCCUCCUCUCCGCCUACAUCGUCUGGAUGCGCCUCCGCAGGAUCCGCCCCCUCGUCCAGCGCCAAUUCGACACCCGCAAAGCGCCCCCCACGCCGCCGGCCCCGAUGCCCGACGAAAAGCUCCCCAGACUCUACGACCAUCCCUUCUACCGAAACCACCCCGAAGACCCCCAGUCUCCCGCGCCCGUCUAUUCGCAUCCGCUGGCAGUCUAG